UUUGGCCAGCUCUGUAGACAAGUGUGGUCAUACGAGCUUGAAGAUGGCAUCCAAAAAGUCUUCUGUUCUUGGUGCUGCUUGCCUGGCGUGGGGGCUUUUGGUGGCGGCACCUGCUUUUGCAGGCUUCAGGGCCUCAGGAACGUAUCGACGCCCGGUGAAUUGCCUCACAAGAAUGGCUGAGCCGCAGGGCGCUAGUGACAGCAACUCUGGCUACGAGCUCUGGGUGGACUUCCGACUGCAGCGCUUGCGGAAGCCGCUUACGAGUUGGGGUCAGCCAGGGCCCGUGUCGCCCGCGGUCGCCUCUUUGCAAUCUCCCAAGGUGAAGGAAGGCUUAAUAGAUUUGGCCAACAACCUGAAAGAGAAGUUCAACAAGAUUGGCGUAGAGCUUCCAAAAGGGAAGAUAAUGAAUGGUGUAGUGAUUGACAAGAAGUUCGCGAAGGAGGUCUUGGAAGAAGUGCGGGAUAUGCAGAUUCCUGUUUUCACCGCUCGCAAAGAGGUGCAAGGAGAAAGGAUGGAAGGGAACUCCUUCUUUCUCUGCAAGGCUGCAGAUGGCAAGCCAGUAGCUUGCUUGGAGCCCAAGCAGAUUCGCCUCUCCAGCGUUCAGCCACAUGCUGCCGAAGAUGUGUAUAGCUUGGAGUCAGACGAUGUCAAGGCAGACCGGGAGAAGGAAGAGGCAGACUACAUGGAGCGGUAUCGUGAAGGCCUGAAAGAUCCCAGCAAGUACGUGCUACCUCCAAGAAGUCGCAUGCGCGAGCUCUUUGGUCUACCGCCGGAGCCCCGCAAGCCGGACCGCAGCCGGCUACUCGCCAAGACGAUUCCUCCAGAUGCUCUGCUGUGGGGAAGAGCUCUGAUGGACCGUCAACGAAGAGGAAAGGUGGGCUACAAUCUCAAAUCCGAGGUCAAAAACGUGGCCGAGGCCAUUGCAGUUACAAAGGUCGUGGACAAUCAAUCCUAACAUUUCAAGGCAAAAACGCCAGCCAGAAUUCAAUGGGUGCCCUCUUCCUUCCGGCCGGCCGUUUGUGGAAGAUGGUGCGGUCGAGGAACCAGCAAGCCAUCUAACGUUUGCCUUCAGUUCGGAAGCUCAAAAAGUGAUGAUCGUGAUGUGACAACAGCCUUUGAGACCCUUUGACUUUGCAUAGUGAAGUCGACAGCC